AAAAAGCCACACACUCAUAAACAUCACGUUUUAUACUUAACUCCCUCUCACACCUCACUUCAUCUACUCUCUACUCUCUCACUCUACAAAUGUCCAAACCCUCCCCCACCCAAUCGCCGCCGUACACGGCGGCAACAACAGCCCUAUUCCUUCUCUCAUUCCUCCUCACACCACUCCCAACCACCGCCUACCGUCCAUGGCCACAAAACCCCCAAAAAAACAUAACCGAUUACACCUUCGGAACUUCCAAAAAAUACGAAGGUUCAUCGGAGUUCGUUAAACUACGUUACCACAUGGGACCUGUCUUAACAAACAUCAUAACCGUUCAUACAAUCUGGUACGGUAACUGGAACCGUAGCCAAAAAAAAAUUAUCCGCGAAUUUAUAAACUCAAUCUCCGCAAAAAAUUCACCACAUCCUUCAGUUUCCGGUUGGUGGAAAACCGUUAUGCUAUACACAGACCAAACCGGGUCUAAUAUCUCAAAAACGGUUCACUUAGGCCAAGAAAAAAACGACCGGUCUUAUUCCCAUAGUAAAACCUUAACCCGUUUAUCUAUUCAAUCAGUAAUUAAAAGUGCUAUUACAGCUAAAACAAAACCAUUACCAAUAAACUCAAGAAGUGGUUUGUAUCUUGUUUUAACUUCUGAUGACGUGUACGUUCAAGAUUUUUGCACGUCAGCAUGUGGGUUCCACUAUUUUACUUUUCCUUCACUUGUUGGUUAUACUUUACCUUAUGCUUGGGUUGGUAAUAGUGAGAAAUUCUGUGCGGGACAGUGUGCUUAUCCUUUCGCUGUUCCGCAGUUUAUGCCUAAUGUGAAACCGUUUAAAUCACCUAACGGUGACGUUGGAGUUGACGGAAUGAUAAGUGUUAUUGGACAUGAAAUUGCUGAGCUGGCAAGUAAUCCGUUAGCGAAUGCUUGGUAUGCUGGUGGUGAUCCGAGUUUUCCGGUGGAAAUAGCUGAUUUGUGUGAGGGUAUUUAUGGAACGGGUGGUGGUGGAUCUUAUACGGGUCAAGUAUUGGACGGUCAUGAUGGUGCCACGUAUAAUAUGAAUGGGAUUAGAAGAAAGUUUUUAGUUCAGUGGCUUUGGAGUCAUGUUCUCAAUUAUUGUACUGGUCCUAAUGCUCUUGAUCAUUGAUUUCUCAUCAGUGUAUGUAGAAUGAGAUAUUUUUAUUUUUACUUUUUUACUUUUUUUAGUGUUUUGUGUUUUGGGGUUGUUUUGUGACUUUGUGGUAAUGUUGGGGUUUGGUAAUUUUGAUAAUGUAGCUAAGUUUGUUCAUUAUGCAAAUAAUGUAAUUUUGAUUGCUA